AUGGCCAGUUCCCGGGCCAUCAGCCCUCCUACUCGUCGAAAGCGUCGUGCAUCUUCACCACGCGAGAGUCACAAUAACAAUGCCUAUCAACCAAGCAAGAGACAACUAACCAGUGAUAAUGAAACAUACAACAAUAAUACCAAUACCAAUAACAGAAAUAUCCUACGCAUCUUUGCAUGGAACGUCAAUAGCAUUUCUCCCCUAGUUCAACAACGCAUCACUUCAUUCUUUCCCGUAUCAUCCAAAGCAUCAUCAUCAUCGUCGUCGUCCAAACAUGAGCCACCUCCAUCCAACACUUCUCAACCGCAAUCAAAACCGUCCGCUGCUCCAACCGGCUUACGUUCCUUCCUGCGCCGCCAAUCCUGGCCACAAGUUGUCUGUCUACAAGAAGUCAAAAUUUCUCCCACAGAUACUGCUACUCAACGCGCAGUGCAACAAGCUAUAACCCCACGAAACACAGAAGACACUGGCCCUUCUUAUACGGCUCAUUUUGAUCUUCCCACCGACAACCAAAACUGUCGCGGUUUCGGACAGAAAAUGUACGGCGUGGCGGUUCUGCUACGAGACGACUUUGCGAGCAAAUAUGUCCAGCGCGUGCGAGGAGUCGAUUGGGAUCAUGAAGGGCGGGUUCUAGUCGUCGAGUGUAUGUUUCCUUGCCAUCCUUCUUCUUCUCUCCCUACCCAAUCUCAAUCACCCUCUCCUUCAUCAUUUACCUCAUCCACAAUCUCCAAAUUCGCCAUUCUAUCCAUCUACGCUCCCAACGGCACUACAAACCCCUACCGGGACCCAGUCACAGGCAGCGUCACCGGCACGCGACAUGACCGGAAACUGGCCUUUCACACACUUCUUUUGCGGGAGUGCCAGAUGCUCGAGUCGCAGGAUUUUAAGCUCGUCUUGGCAGGCGAUUUCAACGUUGCCCGCGACCAGCGAGACGGGUAUCCGAAUCUGCGCACGCGACCGGAACAACAUGUCUUGAAUCGUAGGGAUUUUAUUGUCAAGUUUUUGGCCGAUGGCGGAGGCGGAGGCGUAGCUGGAGCCAGCGCCAAGACAUUGGAAGACAUCGACAAAGUGGCCCCAAAUAAAACACAACCCCGACUCCACGCCAUUGACACGUUCCGACACCUCCACCCCAACACACGCAAAUACACAUACUACCCGCGUAACAAGCCAUGGGGCACAAGUUGCGACCGAGUAGACAUGGUUCUUGUUUCGCGGGGGCUAGAAAGUCGUCUGGUGGCAGCUGAUAUGCUUGACUCUCCGGGUGAUAGGGCGAGCAGUGACCAUGUACCGAUCUAUGUCGAAUUGGUUUUAUCUUGA